UAAUCGGACGCAUAAUUUGGACCGGUGUAAUUCGUUCAUAAUUACGUCAGUAGAAUAGUAUUCAGUCUAAGCUCACCUCACUUUUAUGAAGAAACGUAUAGCAUCGGAGAAUACCUAGAAAUGAAAGUAUAGAAAUCGGUUGGCCGUGCAAUAUUUCUUUUGUUUGACGCCAAUGAAAUGGAACGCCAAAUCGUUUGACGUCAAUGUGCGCCAAAUACUGCACCGUUCAAUGCGCCAAAUAGCACGCGAAAUUCUUUGGGACGCCGCCAUUGAGCAUCCGGUCGUGCCGCGGUGUCCUUAUCGUGAUUAGCGUUUUUAUAAGUGCAGGCGGCCUCAAAUCAUUGUCAUCAUGGACCUCAGUUUAGAUGAAAUAAUUAAAAAAGAUCGCAUUAGCAAGAGAGGAGGAGGAGGAAGAGGCCGCGGGGCUUCAAGAGGUGCGGGGCGAGGCCAGCAAAGGCAGAGAGGAGGUGGUCAAGAGCGCGGCAGCCGCAAUGCAGUUUCAAGCAGGCCUGCUGCAGCCUACAAGCGCGGUAACGUCGACGACCGGUGGUCACAUGACAUGUACGAUGGCGGCGGCGGCGGCGGCGGCGGCGCGCGCGGUGGCGGCGGCGACGUGCGCCGGCGCAGCGGCCAGGACACCACCAAGCUGAUGAUCUCCAACCUCGACUUCGGCGUCACCGCCGCCGACGUCAAGGAGCUGUUCGGCGAGUUCGGUCCGAUGCGCUCGGCGGCCGUACACUACGACCGGUCGGGCCGCUCCAUGGGCACGGCGCAGGUCAUCUUCGAGCGGCGCAGCGACGCUGUGCGUGCCAUGAAGCAGUACGGAGGCGUGCCACUCGACGGUCGCCCCAUGAAGCUGGAGUUGGCCACGGACCAGAUCGGCGGCGGCGGCGGCGGCGGCGGCGGCGGCGGCGGAGGAGGAGUCGGUGGCCGGCUGGGCACGGCGCCGCGGGGUCGCGGCCGCGGCCGUGGCGGCACCCGCGGUGGCGGCGGCGGCGGGCGCGGCGGCCGCCAGCAGCGCGAGAAAAAGAAGCCGGCAACGGCCGAAGAGCUGGAUGCCGAACUGGAAGCGUACGUCAACUCGGCCAAGUAGCGGAACAGGCAGCGGUGACUGCCGGCAGGCCUCCCGACCGGCGCGCCGCCUGGCGGGCAGCGGCGACCGGCACCCAGCGCGGCCGGCUGGCCGGGACAC